GGCGACGGCGUCAGUGCGCUCUCCCGGCCGCGGGAGUGAGGCUGCUUGUUGGAGAUGCGCGCGCGAGUGUGGCUGGCGGCGGCGGCCGCGCUGGCGGUGGCCGCGGCGCGCGAUCAGGACUUCGAGUUCGACGACGAUGCGGACGCCAACGCGAAUCCAGGAGCAGCGCACGCAAGACGUCCGCGGCGCUAUAUCUACGACCCUCACAAUUCUCUUUGCCAGUCGUUGGUAUGUAAGAAACGCGAGGUGUGCUUGCUGCGCGACGCCUUCACCGCACUCUGCAUCAACAAAAAAGAAGUGUUGCGUAGGGGUGACGUGAUUGUAACUUCAACAACGGCGAAAAGCAUAUGGGAAGAAGACGGUGCAUCAAACGCAGCGUCGUCGUGGUCGCGCGACGGAGACGACGAUGUGUUUUACGACGGCGGUGCUCGCGUUGACCCGCCCGAGCCCGACGCGCCCGAUCCUGAACCCAAGCCCGAAAGAUGUGUAGGGUGCCCGGGGCGCGUGCGCGCGCGCUUCCUGUGCGGGUCGGACAACCGCACGUACUCGUCGCUGUGUCGCCUGGACCUGCACAACUGCGUGCGGCGGCCGGCGGCGCCCGUGAGGCCCGCCUGCCGCGGCUUCUGUCCCUGCAAGACGCGCGCCCGCAGCUAUUCUCGCUCCAGACCCGUCACCGUCAAUGAUGACUACGAUUAUGAUUGGAGACGACGGAAAUCGGACUCUGGUCACAAUGAAGUUCUUCCAGAGCGAUCAUAUAGGCGACGUCUUAACCAAGGGGAGGGAUGUGCACUUGACAAAAUGGCAAACCGAUUGCUGGAUUGGUUUUCCGUCUUAAUGGAGGAAGCUGGGGCAACCACGGCACCUGAAGAAGGUUUCCCGGACGACUGCAAGCCGGAGGUGCGCUGGAUGUUCUCGCACCUGGACACUGACAGGGAUGGAUUUCUUUCCGCUGCAAACCUAUACUCACUUAGGCACGAUGAACGCGAGCGCUGCCUGCGGCCGUUCCUGGCGUCGUGCGGCGGCGGCGGGGGCGGGAGCGGGGGCCGGGGUGGUGGCGGGGCUGAGGCGGGCGGGGUGUCGCGCGGCGCGUGGUGCGGCUGUCUGCGGCGCGCCGCGCGGCCUUGCAUCGCGCUUGCCAGGGCUCAUCCCGACCCGCAUCCUGGAGCGUACGUGCCGUCGUGCGACGCGCGCGGCUACUACCGGCCGCGGCAGUGCCACGCGGCGCUGGGCGUGUGCUGGUGCGUGGACGCGCACGGCGCCGAGCGCCCGGGCUCGCGCGGCAAGGGCGCGCCUGCCUGUCCCGGCGAGGCGCCGUCGCCGUCGGCGCUGAGCAACGAGACGGCGGAGGCGGGCGCGCCGGACGACGACGAGGACGCGGCCGGCAGCGGCGACCGCGACCUGCGCUUCUAGAGGAGAGAGGGAGGAGGGGACGGGUUUGCUUCGUGACUCAGAUUCAUUUUCGAAUUCACAGACGACGGGCACGAUUUUUUAAUUAUUUUAACAUCGAUAUUUAAACAUUUUACAUAGGUAGGUACAUUUCUGAAAAAAAUUGUAAUACCGAAACCCUGUGAUUUUAGGCAAUUUCAAAUUAACAAACUCGUAUCUCUAGGUAUGUGCUAUAAAAGCGAUCGCGACCGCCUGAAGUGUAAUAGAGGUGAAGGAACCGAUAGAGAAUUGCAGUUUUAGAACGACGACUACAACGUCACAGUAAAUAUGAUUACCGUGAUUACGUAAUCCUUAGGAUCUAGAACGAUACAACUAAUUCGGUCAUUUUGACGAUGAAUACCUAUAUAUAGUAUAGAGUACAACGUAUCAGUGACAAGGGAGAGAUCGGUUCAGGGAUGGUAGCCUUAACGUGAACUGAUAUAUAGAUGUCAAGACCGAAUACCAAGUGAGGUGAUCUCAUUUUACCCUUAGGUGUAUCAAAUGAAAUGAGAUAAAUGCAUACCUAAAACUAAUCAUAUAAUUUGAGGCCAUCUUAGACAAUUACUUUUGAUGUCAUUAUUUGGUUCACACUCAAUAUUUAGGAAUCAACAAAUUGUUCAAAUCUUAUCGAUCUAAAUAUUAUGGAAGAAACUUUUCUGGAAGUGUAUUCUUUCUAAAUUGCCUAAAGAUAAGGCCUAAAAAGUUAUAGUUUUACAUAACCGUCCUUUAGAACGAAAUGGGUGACGUGAGUGCGAGUGUUGGCUCGUCAAAGUAAAACCAGGUUCAAUUAUUUUUUAUGUAGGAAACGGCGAUGUGAAAUAAUUAAUAUUUGAAAAUCAACAGGCUUUACGGGGCCAUGAUAGAUAACUAAAUAAAUGGAAAUUACUUAGUGAUUAUAAAAGUGUUUCAGUGGUUUACCCUGUAAUUUAAAAAAGAUAAAACAUACACAUUUUAGGCUAAAAUAUGUUUUGCCUCUUUCUGCCAAUUUCAAAUAUUAUAGUGUGAUAGUGACAAAACAUAUUUAUGCAACAUGUUUUAACUUUUUUACUAACGGGGUUACUUAUUAGUUGUGGUAAAGAUUGUGAAGUUAUAGAGAAAAAGACCAUAAAAUUUGUAAUAAUAAAUAAGUUACUUCAUGAAUUCGUACACUAUUGUUGAAAGCCACCGCGGCGCCCACGCCGAGACUACGUCACCACGAGUGUAUGCGGUACAUACAGACCGGUGCGGUCUUAGAUUUAUUAACGUUGUUGUUGCUGAUGUACAGUGUAUCCUUACUAACGUAUAUAACUCGGUUAUAACGACUAAGCUUAUGAAUAUUUUAUAUUACAAGUUAAUCCUACGUAGACAUGUAAUAGCUACUUACUUUAUUAUUUAAGAACGCAAGAAAUACCCACCUCUGCGGCAGCAAAAUGCAUGCAUAGACAAGUACAAAUUAUAUUAUUACCUAGCUUUGUUUGUGAGUGAGCAGAAGUGGUAAUGACCUUGGAUAUUGACCUGCUGUUUGAUAGCACAUUGUAAUACUUACAAAACAGCGAGAUAAUAAUGUUCCACGUCUCUCUAGCUUCGCUGAGAAACUGAAUUGGUUUUUAGGGCUGGCUGCUUGAAGUGUCGAGCGAUGUUUAGCAGAUAUUGUAGCAAACUCGCAGCCGACAGACUCGCAAGUCUUUUAUUAACUAAAAUAUUGACUUUUCCCAACUUCUAUACCCUAGUGUAAUUUUAGAAAUGUAUUUUUAGAGAUAAGUAGUACCUUAUAUUUUACGUUUUGAUUACGAAUGUGUUGUAGUCUAUGACACUGUACGAGGGGCGCCCAGAGCGCCUCUUCUCACGGUUAGGAUCAUUUGCACUUUUUUAAAUUUAAAACACCAUAGGUUCUGUAAUAAAGCUACGAUAAUGUCA